GCGCGUUCACGCGGCAAGAUUUGGAGAUGUCGGUGCCGUCUCCGCGCGCCCGGUGGCGGAGAGGAAAGUUAUUUGGUCUCCGGAAAGAAAUCCAACUUUAAAAGGACAAAAAUGUUGAGAUGAGCUACCAUCCAUAAUCGAGCUCGGACAAUCAGCCGAAAAAACCCUGAUUGGACUCUUUUCCUCUCGAAAACGAGUUGCUGCCUGCAGCCGCCGUGGGAACCGGAGUCGCCAUGGAGACAGUGGUGAUCGUGGCCAUCGGGGUGUUGGCCACUAUUUUCCUGGCCUCCUUCGUUGCCCUGGUGGUGGUGUGCAGACACCGCUACUGCCACCCUCACCACCUGCUGCACCACUUCGACUCCAAACCCACAGUGGAUCUGAUCGGAGCCAUGGAGACCCAGAGUGAGCCGUCGGAGCUGGAGCUGGACGAUGUGGUCAUCACCAACCCUCACAUUGAGGCCAUCUUGGAGAAUGAGGACUGGAUAGAGGACGCCUCCGGAUUGGUCUCUCACUGCAUCUCUAUCCUGAAGAUCUGCCACACUUUGACUGAAAAGCUGGUUGCCAUGACGAUGGGUUCCGGGGCAAAGGUCAAAGCCCCAGCCAGCCUGAGUGACAUCAUCACCGUGGCCAAACGCAUCAGCCCGAGGGUCGACGACGUGGUCCGAUCCAUGUAUCCUCCUCUGGAUCCAAUCCUGCUGGACGCCAGGGCCACUGCUCUCCUGCUUUCAGUCAGCCACCUGGUGCUGGUCACCCGCAAUGCCUGUCACAUGUCCGGCAGUAUGGACUGGAUCGACCAGUCGCUCCACGCAGCCGAGGAUCACAUGGUGGUUUUGCGCGAGGCAGCGCUGGCUUCUGAACCGGAGCGAUACAUGCCCGGAGCUGACGCACAGAGAGAACAAGCCAUUUAGAGCAAAACACAAAUACUUACACAAACAAACAGUCAAUUUUAUCCUUGAGCUGCCUCUUUCAACAAAAAAAAUCUGCACUCAAUUGAUGCUGAACAGGCGCAUAUUCUGCCAGGCGGUGUUGAAAAAGGCACGCUUCCCAAACUCAUCAUCCAGGCCAAAUUAAUAAGGACACUUCUGAGCGGUAAACAGGCUGUUCUCAUGGAAGCAGAGACUUCACUCUGCGCCUCAUUUUCACAUCUCACAUAAAAAGGAUGUUUUUCUUUCAUCAUCAAAAAGUGCUCCAGCUACAUGAAGUAGAUGUCACACAUUCAGACACAUUUUUUUUGUAUGUAACCCCGCGGCAGAUCUUUUUAGAGUUGGUCUGUUGACGGUGUAAGCUGCCUGCGAAGUGAAAGGCCUUUGGAAAAUUGUGUGAGUGCACCAUCAAGCCAGCGGUGGGCCUAAAUCCAAUCUUGCCGGCACAGCACAGUCACAUGGAGGCUUAGUCAGCUAAUCCAUUCUGAGGAAAAUAACACCCAGUUAGCCAGUGAACCCAAAGGGGGUUCCAACUCAGCGGACCAGCAGAAGACCAACCCGACUUAUUUACAAUUUGUGGGGUCAGCCUGGCUUGUGGAACAUCCCUCAGACACUCACGCUGGUAGAAAUCACCGGUCUGUGAGCUUUCAGAGACCAGCAGCUGUAGUUUUAGCCACAUCAGCACCAGAGUAAAAGGUUUUUUUCCAGUUAAAUAAUGCCCCUUUGACCUAUUACUGCGCUGUAAUAUGUUUAAUUGAUUGUUUUUAGCCACGCUAGAAGCACGUCUUUCUGUCCAUCCACCACUUCGGUCAACGCUGAAAUAUCUCAACCCCGUACUGGAGGGAUUUGAAGAAUCUGGACAGACGUUCGUGGCUCCCAGAGGAUGAAUCCUAAUGACUUUGGCGAUCCCCUGAACUUUCCUCCACAACUUGGAUUGCCAUGAAAUUUGGCACAGAUAUUCAUGAACCCCACAGGAUGAAUCCUAAUUACUUCGGUGAUCACAUUGCGCCAGUUAAAGGUCCAGUGUGUAACAUUUGGCAGGUUCUAUUGGCAGAAAUAGAAUAUAAUGCAACUACACCACUAGAUGCCACUAAAUCCUCCACACUGGUCCUUUAAGUUGAAUGUGUCCAAUACUUUCAAAUACCUGCACAGUUAAUGACAUUCCCAUCAGCCUGUAUUGUGUGUUUAGUGCCGGUUAGCAAACACUAUACCUGCUACACACAUCAGUUAGCAUUGUCAUUGUGAGCAUGUUAGCACGCUGACGUUAGCAUUUAGCUCAGUGCAGCCUCACAGAGCUGCUAGCGUGAUUGAAGAAGUCUAUUUUUUUCCUUGUACGAAGUCAGUGCUAGACAGUGAGUCAAGAAACAGAUCUUUAAUUCUGACAACACAGUGUUUAAAAAAGCUAUAAUUUGCUCUCAGAUUCAACUGUACUAGCUGUUUCUAUCUACAUGUGGGCAAGAAUAAGGAUAUUUUAAGUUUAAGUGCAUCCCUAUUAGCCUUUGAUUGUUUUUUCCUGUUAGAAAUAUUGAGCUUUCACACACUAUUGAACAGUACAGUCUGUCUGUAUGUGUUGUCGUGUUGUGGGGAUGUUUUGAACAGUGUGUUGAUUGAGGUGAAGCAGAUUUAACGUGUUGUUUUGGGCCAGAGGGAUGUUAUUGGAGCAUAUCUACCUGCUCUUCCAUGCAUGGCUAAUACUGAAUCCCCAAGGAGUCCUAAUAAGGCAUUACCCACAGCCACAGUGAACACAAGGGCUUAGGCUUCAAUACACAUGGCACAAAACCCUUGUACACACAAGGCUGGCAGACAAAUGAACACAUCCGUACAU